AUGUUCCUAAAUGGGGUAAGAAAAUGCCUCAGCAAACAUUCAAAGAUUCAAGAGAGGGUAAGGUGGAUUGGAGAUGAGAUCAAAAGCAAAAAGAAGAUCAUCAAGGUUGAAGAGAAAGAGAACAUUUUAAAAGAGAAACUAGAAAUGUUAAGGGAGGAUGCUUUUUUAUUAGAUCCAAACAAUAAGGAAAUAGAAGUACCCUCAAACUUGAGAUCGUCAGAUGAACCAAGCACAGAAAAAAUUGAAGAAAUAAAGCAGAAGAUGACGGAGGCCAUAAAGAAGUAUCCCAAGCAGGAAACAGCGGAAUACCAAAGGGCGAAAUCAAUUGCCAAGAUGCCAAGUUACGCAGAUAAGCAGAGUAGGAAUUUGGCAGCACAAAGACCUUGGAAUGGUAAGGAAAGUCCCUAUGAGAUAAUGUCAAGAUUGAAGCAAGAAUCCAUCAAGAUCAAAAAGGUAGGCAGAUUAGAGGAAAAUUCAAUGGGAUCCAAAAGUAAGUUGAAUCGACUUGACAAUGCCAGAGAGAAGGUUUUAGAUUAUAGAUUAUCGAAACAUAUUGAAAUAGAUUCCGAAGAGGAAAGGAAGAAGAAAGAACGUAAAGAAUGGAGGGAAAUGUAUAAAGAGAGACUACUUGGGCCUACUGUGUUGAUCAGUGAUACUUUUACAGGGGUUGAUAACACAAUUAAGUCAUUGGCAGAUCAAAGGAUAAUGGAGGCACAGAGAAGAGGUGAUUUUAAAAACAUACAUAGGGGAAAACCUUUUGAAAAAGGGUUCACGGCAAAUAGUGCAUAUAUCGACAGAACAGGGUAUCAUCUCAACAAAAUCAUGAAAGGACAGGAUGCUAUUCCCCCGUGGAUUGAGACCCAGGGAUCGGUGCAGAACGAAAUUGAGCAAUUUCGUAAUGAAUUGGACAGACGGUGGUCGUUAAGAGCAGUGUUAUUAAUCAAGAAAUUAUAUCCAAAAGCCGAUGAUAUCCAGCUACUUAAAUUGGCAGGGAAACUUGCAUCGGAUACUUCAUUUAAAAGCAAAGAAUGGGAAGAAGAGCAGAAGAAUGGAAGCCUCAGAUUUGAAGUUAAUAAGCUCAAUGAUCGAAUACGAGGAUAUAAUUUGCAGGCACCAUCAUCAUCUCAGAAAAUAUAUCUUGAUGCGGACAAGGAAUUGGUACAGUGCUACAACCGGGUGAAUCCAAGACUAUCAGAUGUAAUGAAACAAUACGGAAUAAAAAAGGACAAUCGUGAAGAGUCUAUAGACAAUAAAAAACAAGGCAGACUGUUCCAAAGUAUAUUUAGUGGCGGUCCUGAAAUACCACAGUAUACAAAGAUACCCCAAAUAAAGAUGGAUUCUCUUAGCAGUACAUUUUUGAAGAUGUUUAAGCGGCAUAAAUAG